AUGGUGUGGGCUCAUGUCUGUGUGGUUCUGACGCUCCUGGCUCUCCUCCUUCAUCUCGAGUCAACAGCAGGGCAAGAUGAGCUGGUCAUCUCCACAACCAGUGGCAGAGUUAGGGGAAUGUGGGCUCCGGUACCGGGUGGUUCUGGGCCUGUGGCCACUUUCUUGGGAAUUCCGUAUGCCAAACCUCCUGUAGGCGGGCUUCGCUUUAGACCACCCGAACCUCCAGCUCCUUGGAAGGGCGUGAGAGAAGCCACCCAGUUCUCCAGCUCCUGCUAUCAGCAAAUAGACGCACUGUUCCCAGGGUUCACGGGGGCGGAGAUGUGGAACCCUAACACCAGGAUGAAUGAGGACUGCCUGUAUCUGAAUGUGUGGACACCCUCCCCCGGCCUUCAGGAACCAACUAUGCCCUUAUCGCCCGUCAUGGUUUGGAUCUACGGGGGUGGGUUUUCCACAGGCACCGCCUCCCUGGACGUAUACGAUGGACGCUUCCUUAGCCAGCUGGAGCAUGUGGUGGUGGUGUCUAUGAACUACCGACUGGGCGCACUGGGGUUCCUUUCACUCCCUGAGAGUGAAGGCAUCAGGGGAAAUGCUGGGCUGUUGGACCAAAGACUGGCAUUGCGCUGGGUGGCUGAGAACGUGGCCUCGUUUGGAGGAGACCCAUCUUCUGUCACACUGUUUGGGGAGAGUGCUGGUGCUGCCUCUGCAGGGUUCCACCUCCUGUCACCUGGCAGCCAAGGCCUGUUUAACCGGGCUAUCCUCCAGAGUGGUACACCCAAUGCUGUGUGGCCGGCUGUCGAACCAGUGCAAAUCUGGAACCGCUCGCUCACUCUCGCUCGCCUUCUGGACUGUCCCCUCGGUCCUUCUGCUGAUGAGGUGGAGACUUGUUUACAGGGAGUGAAGCCAGAGGAGAUCAUCAAACACCAGUCGAGUGUUGUCCCCGCUCUAAUGCCUAUGGGCCAUCCCUUUACUGCCACUGUAGAUGGUGAUUUCCUCUUGGAAAUGCCCGAGCUCUUAAUACAGUCCGGGCGCUUCCUGAAGACGGACAUCCUUUUGGGUGUCAACAGAGAUGAGGGCACUUACUUCCUGGUCUAUGGCUCUCCUGGUUUCUCUAUUCACCACCAGAGUCUGAUAGACCGGGAACAGUUUAUGGAGGGUCUUACCUGGAACCUUCCUGGGUUCAGCCAGAUGGCACUGGAAGCUGUCGCCUUUCAGUACACCGACUGGACAGAUGAACGGAAUGGCCAGAAAAACCGAGACGCGCUUGGCUGGCUGGUGGGAGACCAUUACAUCUCAUGCCCGUUGCUGGACUUCGCCCGCCUGUAUACACAGUUUGGUGGAAGAGCGAGGGUGUACCACUUCGAGCACCGUGCCUCAGUCAGCCCCUGGCCGGAGUGGAUAGGUGUGAUGCAUGGAGAUGAGAUCGGUUUUGUGUUUGGGAGGCCGCUGAAUAGCACCCUGGGAUACCUGAAGGAGGAAGUGGCCAUGAGCAGGCGGAUCAUGCGACGCUGGGCCAACUUUGCUAGAAAGGGGAACCCCAGCCUGGAGGAUUCUGAUUGGCCGCUUUUCACUUUGGAGCAGCAGGAGUACAUUACCCUGAACACCAGUACACCCAAGACACUCCGGAUGUUAAGGGCUCAACAGUGCAAGUUCUGGGGCAGCUUCCUUCCCAAACUACAGGAGGUUACAGUGAGUUUUGAUGAAGUAGAGUCUCAUUGGAGGGCUCAGUUCCAUCGCUGGCUCUCUUACAUGCUGGACUGGAAAAAUCAAUUUAAUGACUACAGCUCUGUCAAAAAACAACACUGCCAGAGCCCCUGA